GGGUCAGACGGUCAUGUUGGAGGUGAGGUCCUUCUGUUCUGAUCUGACACUGAGGACUUUUGAGUCUUUGGUUCCUGCUUGUCUUAUCUCUUUCUUCAGUUUUAAGUUAUUUCUGUUGACAUUUUGAGUAUAUAAUGAUUAUUAGAAUUCAUACAGUGGUUGGAAAACUAUUUUGCUAACACUAAAGGAAUGCACACACAGACAGAUAGACCAACCUUUUUCCUUUCAGGUAGGAUGAUAAUUUAGAUAGAAACAAAAGGUUGUAAGCUGUUUGUUGGUAAUGUGACCGUGCUGUUCCUGUUUCAGGUGUCCGUGGCUUUCAGAGUGUUUCUCAGUUGCUGUUCCCAUCUACAAUGGAGUCAUCUUCCUGUUUGUGUUGGCCAACUUCUGCAUGGCCACCUUCAUGGACCCUGGCAUAUUCCCCAGAGCUGAGGAGGAUGAGGACAAAGAGGACGAUUUCCGUGCUCCUCUUUACAAAACAGUGGAAAUCAGAGGGAUCCAGGUCAGGAUGAAGUGGUGUUCAACGUGUCGUUUCUACAGACCACCACGAUGCUCCCACUGCUCUGUGUGCGACAACUGUGUGGAG